AUGUUACUGAAACAACUGCGAGAAUUGUUUAAGAAAAUAACAUCAAAAAAUAAAAAUUCGAAACAAGAAUUAUUACGGCAGCAAUCGACACCAAAUAAUACUACGACUAUUCGAUCUGCUGCUGAUAUUCCGCGUGUAUCCCAUCCGUCUUUGAACAUUAUUACUCCAAAGACAACGUUUCCGUCAGCAGCAAAAAAUCUUGAAGGUACUACGUUAUUAUGGUGUGAUCCAAAUAUCGGUAAAGAAAAAGAUACAGAAAAGACAAUGAAAGAACUGAGAGAAAUCAAUGACUAUGUUAUUUUUCAUACUGAUGAAGACCAAUGUGUCGAAUAUAUAAAAACAGUUACAGAAGAGAAAAUAUUUCUUGUUAUAUCUGGACAAUGUGCAUCUAGUGGUAUGCUACUUAAACAAAUACAUCCAUUGAGACAAGUUGAUUCCAUUUUUAUUUUCUGUUUACAACCAGAAAACUUUAAACAUUUACUUGAAGAGUAUUGCAAAAUUGUGGGAAUUUAUUGUGAGCGUCGUGAUUUAAUUGCUUCUAUUAAAGAAAAUGUUGAAUUGGUUGGAAAACAAUUAGGUGCAUUUUGUUUCUAUAAUCAACAUCGUGAAAAAUCUACACGAAAUUUAUCCAAAGAAUCAGCUGAAUUUUUAUGGUUUCAGCUGUUUAAAGAUGUCAUACUGAGAUUACCGAGAGACAAUCAUUCUAAACACCAACUCAUCGAAUUUUGUCGACAGUAUUAUCAUGGAAAUGAGGAACAAUUACGAUUAAUUGACGAAUUUCAGAAUAGUUAUACGUCUGGCGAGGCAAUCAAAUGGUAUACACGAGAAACAUUUCUCUAUAAACUGGUUAAUAAAGCUUUAAGAACAGAAGACGUUGAGCAGUUAUAUACAUUUCGAUAUUUUAUUGCAGAUCUUUCAUUAAGUCUGACUGCAGAAUAUCAACACAUCAGAGAACGUCAAGAGGAUGUAGUGACGCUCUAUCGUGGAUUAAAGGUAGAUGAAGAGGAAUUCUUAAUUCUAAAACAAAAUGAAGGAAAUUUAAUUUCAACAAAUGGAUUUCUUUCAACAAGUCGUUGCAGAAACGUUGCACUCGCUUUUGCUACGAAACCAACACAGCGCACAAACGUCAUUUCAAUUCUCUAUGAAAUUGAAUGCAAUGUAAAAGACACAGAAUCGAUCGUUUUUGCUGAUAUUGCUAAGUUUAGUGACUACACAUGUGAACAAGAAGUUAUGUUUGAUCUCGGUACUACGUAUAGAAUUGUAUCCAUUCGUGAAGAUACAGAACAAAAACUUUGGAUUAUUAAAAUGAAAGCAACAGAUGAAGGUGCAGCUGUGGCUCGAGAAUAUAUUGAACUGAACAGAAAACAAAAUCUAGAUGAAACUGCUGUAAUAAUUAUGUUUGGGAAAUUACUUGCAAGGAUGGGAAAGUAUGAUCAAUCACUGAAGUAUUUUCACAAUUUAUUGGACAAUCAUCUGACGCGAGAUGAAGAUAUAGCAGUGAUUUAUAAUUAUAUUGGUACUGUUCAUCAAUAUAAAGGUGAUUUUGAUAAAGGCCUUGAAAAUUUUGAACGUGCUUAUAAUUUAAUGAUGAAUUCUACACCACAACCACGAAUCAAAGAUUCGGCUAAACCAUUACGAAAUAUGGGCAAUAUUUCAUAUGAAAGAGCACAAUAUGAUAAGGCUCUUGAAUUGUAUAUUCAAGCACUGGAAAUAUUUGAGAUGCAUUAUGGCAAUGAACAUAUAGAAACAGCUCUAACACUUAAUAGUAUUGGUCUUGUUUAUCAUAAAAGAGGACAUUAUGUACGUUCAUUGGACUAUCAUGAAAAAUCUCUUAGAAUUAAACAAAAACAACUGCCAAGUGCUCAUUGUGAUAUUGCAACGUCCCUAAUGAAUAUUGGCAGUGUCUAUCGCAAAAUGAACGAAUUUAAUCGUUCUCUUGAAUAUUAUCAAAAAUCUUUGGAAAUGAAAAAAAAAUUACUUCCACCAGAACAUAUUGCGAUAGCUGCUAGUUUAAUGUAUAUUGCAGAUGUGUUUAGUGAUCAAGGCCAGCUAAACCGUUCAUUAGAAUACUAUUUUCAAGCAUUAAAAAUGCAAGAGAAAAUUUUCGAACCAAACGGUCACACUAGCAUUGCACAGAGUUUAAAUAAUAUUGGUCGUGUUUAUCAGACGAUGAAUAAACUUGAUCAGGCUCUUGAUUAUUAUCAAAAAUCAUUAGACAUGAACCAAAAAUUACAUUCAUCACAACAUGUUGAUACAGCUGAAAGUUUGAUAGGAAUCGGUAAUGUACUUCGCUUUCAAGGUCAAUUAACCAAUGCUUUAGAAUAUUAUUUUCAAGCGUUAGAAAUUCAAGAGAAAGUUUAUGGAUUAGAUAGUCAUCCUGACAUUGCAAUGACUCUUAUGAAUCUUGGCAGUACCUAUGAGAAAAUGAAUGAAUUCGAUCAGGCUUUAGAAUAUCAUCAAAAAUCGUUAAAAAUGAAACAAGAAUUACUUCCAAUUGAAUAUAACGCGAUAGCUGGAAGUUUGAUGGGAAUUGGUACUGUGCUUUGUCGGAAAGGUCAAUUUGACAAUGGAUUAGAAUAUUAUUUUCAAGCAUUAAGUUAUCAAGAGAAAAUCUUCGGAGUGAAUGGACAUUCGGAACUUGCAACUACACUGCGUAAUAUGGCUUGCCUUCAUGAAGACCAACAUAAUUUUGCUACGGCGCUUGCUUACUAUCGAAAAGCAUUGAAAAUGAAUAUAAAAUGUUUACCCUCCGAUCAUCCUCAUAUAUCACAAUUGACAAAUGAUAUUGCAAGUGUAAAAGCAAAAAUUUGA